CGCCGUUGUUAUUGUUGUAGUGAGAGUCCACCAUGGAAGAACUGAGCGCCGUCGGCGAGCAGGUUUUCGACGCCGAAUGCAUCCUCAACAAAAGGCUGCGAAAGGGAAAGUUGGAGUUUCUGAUCAAGUGGAGAGGGUGGUCGUCCAAACACAACAGCUGGGAGCCCCAAGAGAACAUUCUUGAUCCCAGACUUCUGGCGGCCUUCAACAAGAAGGAACAAGAGAAGGAGCUUCUGAUCCGCAAACGUGGGAAAAGGCCCAGAGGACGACCGCGGAAAAUUCCCGAAAAUGUUCCCGAGGCCGCCAAGUCAAACAGCUCUUCAUCUGGAUCGUCAUCUUCAUCCUCUGAUUCCUCGUCUUCGUGUUCCUCAUCGUCUUCGUCCUCCUCAGAAGACGACGAAAACGACCGGCAAACGAGUCCCGGAGUCCGAACGCGAGACCUCCACCCACACCCUGUCCCCCAGAAGAAAGCUCAAAUUGUGUUGGCUAAGCAGGAGCCCCCGAAAAAACGAGGUCGCAAAUCUCUGAGCAAAGGCCUGCGGAAAAGUCUCAAGAAGGAUUCCGAUCUUCCGGGUUCUAUCAAGAAGCCGGUUCACCUGGCUAGUUUCGCCUUCAUGGGUUUCCACCGAAGCUCUGCCAGGGAGGCGACAGGCGGUCCUGACCGCAGUUCCCCGGCCCAUGGGGGGACUUCUCGAAGCUCCUUGAGCUCGACAGGAUCCGGCAGAUCGGUCCCGCCGUCCCCUGUCCCACUCAUGAAAUCCAGCCCUGGCAGGAACGUCACUGAAGGAAAACUGUCCGUCUCAAGUCUGGAAUUGUGCAAAUCCAGAGGCGUGGCGGCUUUGAACUUGAACACAUCUAAACAUCACAUCCAAGGAUCCCCCCAGCGCAAUACAAACUCUCCCAGUGUACAAAAGGCCCACGUGCUGCAAAGAAUAACUAAUGCGAAAGCCAUGGCAGCCCAAGCAGCAAAGAACAUUUCGACAAAUCAGCCGCUCAACCUUCUCAACAAAGUAUCGCAGGGUGACAAAUCUCCCGCUUCCAUCCCCGGUUCACCUUUGAGAAACGUCUCACAGCCUGCUCGGAAAAUUAACCAAAACCAGGAGUACAAAACCCCCAUGAGUCCCGCUCCCCCGGGAGGCACCCGGAAGUCCGCCCCCGUCAAAGACAUGACGGAGAUCCAGACCUUUAGAGGAAAGCUGGAGAAAAGCGAUGUUCAUAAAUCCGAGAACCACACAGAAAGGGCGACCUCCAAAGACGGCAAGAUGAGCACAGGCGAGGACGAGAGCAGUUCUGAUUCGGACCGGGACUCGUCGGACGCCGGCCACGAGCGCUUGGCGGUGGGCCACAACCAAGACUGGAAGCCCACCCGCAGUCUGAUUGAACACGUCUUUGUCACCGACGUCACCGCCAACCUGGUCACUGUCACGGUGAAGGAGUCGCCCACCAGCGUGGGAUUCUUCAGCAUCCGCAACUACUGACUGAGCCUCAACUAUUAGGAUGCCCCAUGAUUUAUGUAAUUUAUUUGUCUACCUUUUUUAUUCUGAUACUUAAGUGCUCUUUAACCUGAUCCACAGCAGUCAAAGAACCAAGGGUAUUGAAGCCCACCAGGACAAGCACGAAGUCGGUGCGUGAAUCUCUUGCUGCAAUGGAGAAUACCGGGAAGUUGACUAAAAAGGCUUUAGAAAGCAGAACGACAGAUGAAUAUCUUGCUGCAUUUAAGAACCACGGGCAGUCGGAAAUAUUUCGCUCAGAGCUUACAGGUUCCACCCACAAAAUGUUUCGGGCACACCAAAACAGCAAAAAACAUCAUCAGACCUUGAUAGCUUCUAUUACUCCAACUCACAGAAGUCCAGAAAAAAAACAAGCAGCUCAAAAUCCCACGUUGCAUUCAAGACCAUUGUGAAGUCGGUAACUGACUCAGCACUUAAUAUUUCCAAAUUCAAACAGAACAAAAAAAUAAAUCACAACCUACUGGAGAUGGCAAAACUGACGGGGGGCAUCGCGUGAAACUAAGGCUUCUUCGUUAGUGGUCAUUUUGAGGUGAAGAAUGCAGCGCAGUGGGCUCAUUUGUUUGAGAAUGUGGCCUCGCAUAAGAUAGCACGUUCAGUUGUCACCAGGGGUGAAAGUGACUAGAAUUUCUUGCCGGAACUCCCUGAUAUAAAGCCCUUUUUUUGGAGGUGGAGCUUAAACCUCCUAAAACCACCAAAAUGCUAAAACUGCUUUUGGCACAGUUAUAAAAAUAACACACAAUAAAACACAACAUGUUUCACAAACACAGUGGUCAGCACUUUCCCCUCCAAAGUUCUGAGAUCAAGGGUACCUUCCUAUGUGGAGUUUGCAUGUACUCCCCGUGCCUGGGUGGGUUUUCUCCGGGUACUCCGAUUUCCCCCCACAUCCCAAAAACAUGAUUGGUAGGCUGAUCAAACACUUUAAAUUGUCCGUAGGUAUGACUGUGUGCGUGAAUGGUUGUUUGCCUCUUUGUGCCGUGAGAUUGGCUGGCAGCCGGUUCAGGGUAUACCCCGCAUACUGCCCAUAGUUCGCUGGGAUUGGGUCCAGCGCCUCCAUGACCUUCGUGAGGAUAAGUGGCUCAGAAAAUGAAUGAAAGAUUUCACACAUGCAUUAGGCUACUGCAUUACACUGGAACAAGGCAUAAACGAGAAACUGAUUUCCAUUUUUUUCACUGAUUUACAAAAUUCUGUCUAAAACACCAUCUAAUUUUUAUGUUGCAUCAAAUCUAAUAGCAAAACCUCAAUUUAAAUUAUUCGAGAACAUGGGAUGUACUUAAAAAUUGAUGAUAAUGUAAACAUUAACUUUUUUUUAACAACAAAUAAGUACAAAUGACUUACAUUAUGCACAGUGAAAUGGAAUAUAUUCUGAAGACAAAGCAAACAUUGACUUUGUUUUUAUUGUAAGGAAAUAAAUAUGUAGUAGGGCUGCAGCUAUCGAAUAUUUUAGUACUCGAGUAAUCGACUGAAAAUUCUAUCGAGUAAUCGGAUAAAAAAUAUUUUUAGGUGAAGAGCAAUUAUAAAUACACAUGAGAAAAUAAGACAUUUCAUCUAAUAUUUAACCAUUUUCAAUCAAUCAAUGUCUUUAUUUUUGAUGUACAAUGUUGAAAACAGCCAACAAUUGCAUCUCAGAUGUAACUACAAUAAAAAAAUUUUAAAAAAACGACUAAUUCACUGCUUUCACUCAAAAAACUUUUUGUCAAACGGUUAAAAUUUUUAAUCAAGUUAAUUACAGCUUAAAAAUCAAUUGAUCGUAAUUAAUCGCAAUUGAAAACAUCUAUAAAAUAUGCAAUGUUUUUCAGUAAAUUAUUGUUGGAAUGAAAAGAUAAGACACAAGACAGAUAUAUACAUUCAAUAUACGGUACAUAAGUACUGUAUUUGUUUAUUAUAACAAAUCAACAAGAUGGCAUUAACAGUAUUAACAUUCACUUAAAGCGAUCCAUGGAUAGAAAAGCUUGUAGUUCUUAAAAGAUAAAUGUUAGUACAAGUUAUAGAAAUUUUAUAUUAAAACCCCUCUUAAUGUUUUCGUUUUAUUAGAAUUUGUAAAAUUUUCAUUCAAAAAAUAAACUAGUAGCUCGCCAUUGUUGAUGUCAUUACACUAAGCUCACUCCCCUAACCCAUAAAAUCAUUUGGACCCAAGCGCUAGCAGAGGGCGCCAAAUAACAAGUAACAAGCGUACAUUACACUUCGGUCAUUUUAAUCUGAGAGGGGCAUGUGCGUUAAUUGCGUCAAAUAUUUUAACGUGAUUAAUUUAAAAUAUUAAUUACCGCCCGUUAACACGAUAAUUUUGACAGCCCUAAUAUAUAUAUAAUAUACAGUAUAUAUAAUUUCUUACCUAAAAAUGCCAUUACGCUUGAUAACACACAUCACUUAAAAGUUAGGUGUUUUUCCCACGUGUUUCAAUUGAAUUUCUAUUUGUGUCAAGCUAUUUUUAAGUUCUAGUUAAGUUUUAAGUUAGUCCAAACUGUAAGUCCUGAUAGGAUUUUGAGUUUUUGCAGUGUUCAAAAUAAUUAUAUGAUACCUGCUGUAUUGGAGCACAUUGGUGACCAGUGCUACUUGGUCUUGUAUCCAACAAUGAUUACUGAGUUAAAAUUGAUAGUUAGCAUUAUUAAGUUUUAUUUUACACCCUCAUCACUCUACAGUGCUAUGUUUUCACAGAUUAAAUAACGCCUGUAUGUAAGACACGUUAGCCACGCAUCAACAGUGGUCAUAAUUAAUAGAAACCUAGCCCUCCGCAGGGCUAACGCUACAUGAGCGAGUGACAGUAACGUUAAACUCAUUUAUUAGCGCUUCGAAGUCUACUGCUUUAAGACGGCGGCCAUUUACUUGCCGCUGACUCUGUCAUUUCGCAUCUAGUUCAACAUACAUGUGAUCUCUAUGAGACGCGUCAGAUGCUACCUGUUACCACCGUAGCAUCAUGCGGGCUAGUUUUUAGCAACGUCGGCGUCGUUUGUAGCGGCUGUCGGCUGUAGUCAGUUUUUUAAAAAAAAAAUUUUAAUUGCUUCUUCCUCUACGCACGUGACAUCAGCGCGUUGUCCCGCAAAAAAAGUAGUCCGGGCAAAACGUGAUGCUUAGAGCUGUCAAAAUUAAACGAUUACUCGAGGUGAAUAAAAUUACUCGGAUCAGUUUUUAAAUUCGAGUUACUCGAAUUGCUCGAGUAUUCGUUUCAGCUCUAAUACGUAGCCUUACAUCAAUGAACAAAAAUAUGUCCAACUUGCACAUUAACAUGGAAGAUGUUCUGAACCACCCAAAUAAAAUAAAAUAAACCUCAUCAACUCUUUCCUUUCUCUUAUAGAUCCAAUCAAUUUUUUAUUGCAUUGCCCCUUUAAUUCAACAAGCUUUUUUUCCCUCUGUUGUUCUAAAUGAAAUACGUGCAUUUGAACCAAUCAGAGCUAACUAUUCAUGCUGAUCACAUGUUGGUAUGUCAGCCAAUUGAAUGGACAGCAGAGUUCCACAGAAACGCUGGGAAGAACUACUUACAAUCAAUAAAUGAAUAAUAAAUAUCAGUGGAAACAUGACGCUACACAAGCUCUUUAUUAGGCUUGUUGUUAACACUUGUGUAUGUUAAUCUGACGUUAGUAAAUUGUUCUUAUUGGAGAUGUGUGUGUGGCAGCGUGGCAGUUUUUUUUUUCUGUAAACAUUGGGUUUUGACAAUAACCGUCAUAUUUUUGGGAUCAAAGCACCAUGUGCCAGAACGACAUUCCGCCUCCGAAUAUCAUGUUCCAGCUCGUUCCGGCCCACUUUCACCCCUGGUUAUCACCAUGCUUACCAUUUGUUCUUUUUUGAAGGAGUUCCAUCACCCAUUGAAACUGUCGUGAACUGAAGAUAUUUUUGUAUAUGAUUGAAUUGCUACGAAAUUCCUAAGUUCGAACCGAUGAACAGUUUUUAGCCAACCUGAGAAACAAUGUGAAUACUUUCCAGCAGAGGCGGAGUUUGACUUUUGGGGCAGGGGGGCACAACAUGUUGAUGACCCCAAAACGCAGUGUCAGCAAAAAAAAUUAACUUAUAAGAAUAUUUAUAAUAAUAAGUUGACAAUGAGCAUUUUUUUUCUCCCAUCAUUCUUGAGGGGAAUUCUAAAUCAGGCUGCUUAGGCAAUAUUUUUCGCCAAGAUCGUCACCCAUUGAUAAUGCCAAUGUAGUUACCCCAGUCAAACAUUGUAUCCCCGGACGGAGCCAUAUAGUUAGAUUUGUGUCUUUAUUAUUCAAUCAAAAAAAAGUUGCCUCAAUUAAAAUAUAUAUUUUCAACCAAAAAAAGUUGCUCAAAUAAAAAAAUGUGUUUGAAUGCAAAAAUGAAUUUGAAACUCAAAAAAAUGCAUGUAAAGGCUAAUUUUCUUUGAUUUUUUUUUUUUUUUUUUUAAAGUCAAGUUUUUGAUUGAAGUAAUGUUGAUUUGUGUUUGGGUCACAUUUUGACUAGGACAUUUUUCUCUAUUAUUCAAUCAAAAAAAAAAUAAGUUGCGUAAAAAACAUAUAUAUAUUUUCAACAAGAAAAAAAUCACUUCAAUCAAAAAAAAAAAAGAAAAUUUUCAAUCAUAGAAAAAUGUUUUUGAAUGCAAAAAAAUAUUUGAGAUUGAAAAAUUCGCAUUUGAACACUUAAUUUUUCAUUGAAAAAGCAAUCCUUUUUGUGUUUGGGCCAUAUUAUGAUUAGGACAUUUGUGUCUAAAUCAUUCAAUCCCCCAAAAAGUUGCUUCAAUCAAAAAAAUAUAUAUAUAUUUUCAAUCAAAGAAAAAAAUAAUUUAAAAAAUAUUUUUGCUCCAAUAAAUAUAUAUAUAUUUUUUAAUUUAAUUUUUUUGUUCAUUUCAUUCAUUUUUGUUGCAGUUUUAUUACUUUACAACUUUUAUACAUCUAUAGGAGAGUCAAUUACAUGCAAUGACACUUUUCGGCCACCAGGGGGCCUGCCCCCCCCUUAAAAUCCGCUUAUGCUUUCCAGUCGCAACAUAGUCUUGUGGUCAAUCGGUUCUUAUUUCACCUGUCUUAACUUUUUGCGAUGCACAAAUUUCCGACUUGUCCGUUAUCUUUAACGCAGCAAGUGUGGCGUAUUUGUCUACAGUAAGUUGGCAUUCUAAGCUACUGCUUCGUUUCUACCUGCUCUCAAUCAAUAGGUCACGUUGUGGAAAUAUUUACUUGUCUGAAGUUUAGAUUGUAUUUUUAUAUUAGCUACCUCUUUUUUAUUCAUUUUUGUGCUGCGUAUGGUCCUUAAUUCAGGGUGAACUCACCUUCAAGUCUUACUGCUGAAUCCCAAAUAAGCUAGUUGAAAACUGUUCAUGGGAAUUACCAUAAAUACAUGGGAAUGAAACAGGAAGGUGCAAGAUUGAAUUCAAACUGUCAAAGCAGCCAACCCCAUUCCCAGCUGUUUUAUAGCAUUUUGACAGAUUUUUCAAGACUGACUAUUGUGUUCUGUAAUUUUAUACACACUGAAUCUACCAAAUGAAAAAUUCUUAACAGGGGAAAAAGUUUUGUUCUGCUCUUUAGUAAUCAUCAGUCGAAUAUGGAGAGUUUUGACAAUGUGUUUGUCAGUGUUGUUUUCGUCAACGUUGACUACAACGAAAAUAUUUCAUCGACAAACAAUUUUUUCAUGAGAAUGAAGAGACUAUAAAGAGCUAAAAACUUUGUCUUGGGAGACUAAAAAAUACCGACACGAAUGCCAGUUCUGAUGAGACCAAAACGAGACGAAAAUGCGCCAUAGUUUCCGUCACAUGUUCACAAUGACUGUAAUUUUACGUGUAGUUAGCCUAUAUUGUAGCAGUUGUCUCACUCAUGUGAUGUACUGCGCCCCCCAAUUCACCCACUGGUGGCCUCUCCAGUCUUCCGAUUGCUUGUUUUGAGACACACACGGUAAGAUUUGUCAUAUCUUGGCAAAAAAGAAUAUGCAACGUUGCUUUAGCCUUUAAAGGUCUGUGCUGAGUGAUUAUCACACAUUAAAUGUAACUCGUAGCGUUAGCAUAGCAUUCGCGUUAGCAUUAGGCUAUUGCUAACGGCGAGCGUCUUUAAACUCGUACAACUUUUUUUUUUUUUUUUUAAUACAUACAGUUCAUGGUUUCUAGGUGGGUAUAACUAAUUGAAAAUAAGGCAUUCUUUUCCCGCUGAGUCUGGAUUAUCGCGUGAUAGAUUUGUAGAUGCUACAAGAGAUGCCUGUAUGUCAAUGUUCAUUUGAGAUAGAUGGAAACCUUUUUUUUUAUUUAUUCAUGGAGUGAAACUUUACAGACGAAAAUAUUUAGUAAACGUCCACUAAAACUAAACAAAAUUUGUCCAGGUUUUAGUCAACAAAAACUAGACAAAGACAAACGCAUUAUGAAAUGACUAAAAUAUGACUAAGACUAAUAAGUAUUAUCGUCUAAAAGACUAAGACGAAAAUUAAAAUGGUUGCCACAAACAACACUGGUGUUCGUUUUUCAUAGAAACCUCAAACUUGUUUGUGCCAUUGACAGUGAUAGAUGUCCCAUUCAUUGAAUUAGGAGGGGGCUGGCAGCUGAUGGUUGGUUGUGUUUAGGGGUGUGACAAAAUAUCGAAAUGGUGAUAUAUCGUGAUACUUUGUAUCCCAAAAGGUUAUCGGUAUGCUGCUGCCAAGAAUUGAGAUAUCGUUUUAUUAAAAAGUUGUCAAAUGUCUAAAAAAUAAUGAUAAAAAUGAACCAACAAGUUGCUACUAAAAUCUUCCUCCAUAACAGUGUCUCAGUUAACUCUAAGGCUGCAUUGACGAUGCUCGACACACAAUCCAUUUAGACUGGAAACGUUCGUUCAAUUGAAAUCAGAGCCACAGUCAUUCUGUCCGAUUUUCAGGGCAUUUACAGGUCACUUGCUGUUCAUUUUAGGGCAUUUACUAAGGGUGUAACGGUACAUGUAUUUGUAUUGAACCGUUUCGGUACGUGGUGCUUGGUUCGGAACGGAGGCGUACCGAACGAGUUUCUGACGUAAUGUAAACCUUACUUUUCGAGGCUGUGAGUCGAUCGGGUUACAGUUUCUUUGUGUAGAUUAUAUUUAGUCCGUCUUCUCUACUAUAAUGAGGACCAACACGGUAGGACAGUAUAACUCAGAAACAUCAACGGCGCGACAACGUAGCCGCCGCAAGAACGCAGUGAAACGCAGGUGUUAAAGUCAAUCAGCCAAUGCACACCAGUUGCAGUGCGGCUGCGUGUUCGACGCGUCUCAGAAGCGGCUCAACAAGAUGCACGCGAAAAGAACGGCAGAGUUUAUUAUUUGACACGAGACACGACCCUCCUGCGUCAAUACUACCACCUGUAGCUAGGAUCGGGCAGACCGGAAGUCACUCGUGUAAAAAUACGGUGGAUCCGGUCGAUUUUCAAACUAAUAUGCAAUCGUAACUCAACGUCCAUCGGCUCUCUUGAGUGGUAGAUCGGGGCACAGUUGACUUGUCUUUGUUGAUUUACUGCUGUCUUCUCUGUUAUAAUAAUAACCAACAUGGCCCCGUGUUCAAUACAAAACCCUCCUACCACAACAAAACAAGUAGGAACUAAUAUUCACAUAGGAACUAAAGGUAUACAACAUAAAAUAUACAAUAUAAAUGAAUACUACAUCACAUUUGUGAAAUAUAAACACAUAAUAAAAUAAAUAAUAGCCCAUUUAAAUAAAAUAAAUUGAAAUGAGCUAAAACACCUGUAAUUAAAUAAUAAGAAUAAUACACAGAUCCUGCUUACACAACAAAAUUUAUUCAUUUCUGUGUGGCGCUUUAACUUGAGAAAAUCCACCAAUAAAGCUUUUGAAAACCGUUCAUAAGAAAGAAAGAAAAAAAAGAUUCAUUGAGGCAUUUCAUUUGUAAAAUACAUGUUAUAAUCUUUGUCUUUGGGAUUGCUUUUCUCUUUAGCACAGGACUUCUUUUUACUUCUUUCUUUCAGAAAGAAAGCUGAUCAAUACACGGGGUCUGAAAGGCAAAUUUUUGUUGGAUUAUCUUUAAAUACCCGCUACUUUUUGAGCAGAAUUCUAGCUUUGUAUAGGCUAAUGUUCCUAUUGUUGAAAGCACAAAGGUGUGUAAUAAACAACUAGCACAUUUAUAUUUUGCAUUUUGUUUUCUUACUGUACCGAAAAUGAACCGAACCGUGACCUCAAAACCGAGGUACGUACCGAACCGAGAUUUUUGUGUACCGUUACACCCCUAGCAUUUACAGGUCAUUUCCUGUUGAGUUUGAGUCACUGCCUAUUCAUUUGGGUGAUUCCCAGGUUACGUAACUGAAAAUCAACAGGUAAAUAACCUUAAAUGGCCCAAAAUUACCUCAUUGCCUGGCAUUGGCUGCCACUGACCGCCAUAGAACUGGGAGGGAUGGCAGCUCGCUGCCACCCUCCCAGUUCAAAUGGAUUGGAUGUCUACUAGUGAUGAACUCAUUCCAAUUCACAGCAGAAGUUUCAUUUUCUGUUUAUAAGUUGUUUGUAGAAUAUCCUAGAAUGAUUUCCUGACCAAUGUAUCGAUAAUCGUUGUAUCGCCAUAUCGUCAGAUGAUCGUUAUCGUGAGCUUUGUAUCGCAAAUUGUAUCGUAUCGUGAGAUACCAAGAGGUUCCCACUCCUAGUUGUCUUGCAGUGCCAUUGAUAUCGAGAGAUGUCCAAUCAAUUAGAACUGGGAGACAUGGCAGAGACCGAAUGGUAAAUGAGUGAAUGGUGAAUCAUUCAGAUUGUCAUCAAACUGACAAUGUCUUUUCUAGUCCCUCGGUUGAGAUAUUCACCAGAAAUUCUAUUACCCCGCUCCUGAGGGGGUCGGACAAUAAAGCACCAGAUGCCUCUGGAGCCACUUGGGGUUUAUUUUGUCUUUGUUUGGUCGCAGCUGCUGACGUCUCAUUGGGAUUUUUUUUCACAGGGUGACGUAAGGCAAAACAAUAAGAGGCCCCCCUGAGAGAGGGUCUAGCUUUGCGGUUGUACGGGAGGAGGGUGGAGGUGCUUGUAUGGACAAAUACAGGAAGUUUAAAUUUUAAAAGUUGAACCUGACAACAGUGCUCAUGGGACCAGGUUUCUUCAUCGUUCUUCAGAUGCUCGAGAAAUGUUUUUGUCAUUUAGAGAAUCUAAAAACUAAACCUAUGUGACUUAUGGAGGUGUAUCGGGGCCACACUAAAAAGAAUCUCAAAAUUGGAGAGGAGGCCAUUUUAUGUUGGAGAAGAAUGCAAUAAGAUGGUUUAAUUGGAAAGUCAUA